CGUCGGGCCCGCAGCGGCGGUCGCGGCCCGGCCGGCCGGCAGUGGGUGCGCGCACCGCCGCGGCAUGUGGCUGCCGCGUUACCAGUACGCGCCCGUGCGCCAGUCCGACGCCGACGCCGACGCAGACGCCGAAGUGGACUGCGACGCCGGCCGAGCCGCCUGUGUGGGCGACGCCUGCGGCGGCAGCCUGCUCGCCUGGUGCCAGGAGCUGGUGUCGCGGCGCGGGCGGCGGGGAUGGCGGUCUCUGGUGGCGGCUCUGGCGGUGGCGGCGCUGGUGCUGGCGCUCGUGGUGGCGGGCGCCGUGCUGCUCGCCAGCGGCGGCGACUCAUCCACUGCGCAGGCGCAGCAAGGCCCCGCGGAGCAGGGGGUGCCUCUAGAGGACGUGCUGGGCGGCCGGCUCUCCGCCGCGCCCGCCAACGCCUCCUGGAUCUCAGACAGUGAACUGUUAUACAAAGACCCACUGGGACAGAUAAUUAUUUUUGAUGUUGCAAAGCAAAAGAAGACUGAACUACUUGGGGACAAUUUUGCAGUGCAGUACCCAACAUUGCAGCUUGAAUUGUCUGAGGAUCAGAAAUAUCUUUUAAUUUCCAGCAACCAUUCAAAGCUAUUCAGACAUACCUACCUGGCCCAGUAUGAAAUCAUCAACAUAGAGAAGAAAACAAAAAUGCCUCUGGUAAAUAGUGAGGGACUAUUAGACAACAAGGUGUUGCAGCUUGUUGUGUGGGCACCCAUUGGAAAUGCACUUGUGUAUGUUUACCACAAUAACAUAUAUUACCGUCCAACAGCUGAACUUGCUAGAGAGUUUAAGCUUACCACCACAGGUAGCUUUGGUUCAAUUUAUCAUGGUACACCAGACUGGGUAUAUGAAGAGGAAGUUCUUGCAUCAAAUAAAGCACUCUGGUUUUCUCCAGAUGGGAAGAAAUUGGCUUAUGCAACAUUUAAUGAUAGUUUAACACGUGUUAUGACAAUUCCAUAUUACGGAUCUCCUGCAAAUCUGGAGUUCCAGUACACAAGAGCCGUCAAUGUACGAUACCCAAAGCCUGGAACGCCAAAUCCAACUGUAUCAUUGACUGUUGUACAACUAGAAGGCUUCAGUGCCUUUGAUAUACCUCCACCAAAAGAAUUGGCAAACAGUGAGCCAAUAUUAACAGCUGUGUCCUGGGCUAACAGUAAUGAGGUGUCUGCUGUUUGGAUGAACAGGGUGCAAAAUGAAGCAGCAAUAGUUGUAUGCAGCACAGUGGACUUCUCCUGUAAAAAUAUAUUAGAAAUGAAAGAACCUAAAGGAUGGAUAGAUCUUUUUGUGCCACCAAAAUUUUCUGAUAAUGGUGAUAAAAUGAUUAUAAUAUUGCCACAAGAGGAAGAUGAGAAAAAUGGUGCCUUUCGUCACGUAACUUUAGUAGACAGAAAUUUUGUUCCUCCUAAAAUGACAGCUCUAACUACAGGAAAAUUUGUGGUAACGGAAAUUCUGGCUUGGGACACAACAACAAGAACCAUCUUUUAUCUGGCAAAUCAAGAGGAAGAUCCUGGAGUUUCACAUCUGUACAGUGUCUCAGAUAGCACAGAAUCAAAAGAACUGCCAAAGUGUUUAUCGUGCAACGCCAAAACGAGAGAUGGCAAUGAAUUAUGCUUGUACAACAAGGCAGCAUUUAGCAAGAAAAAUUCAUACUACAUGUUAAAUUGUGCUGGUCCUGACAUUCCAGAAGCUAGCAUUUACAGCAAGGACAACAAGAAGGUCAUGGUAUGGGAAAGUAAUGAAGAAAUACGGAAACUGCUGCAACACAAAUCACUGCCAUCAGUGCGUCACUUACAGGUUGAGGUACCAGGAGGAUUCAAAGCUCAAGUUCAAAUGUGGAUCCCACCUAACAUAGAUAGGAAGCAGAAAUAUCCAUUGCUGAUAAAUGUCUAUGGGGGUCCAGAUUCAUUUCAAGUGACAAAACGAUUCAGUAUUGACUGGAGUACAUAUCUGACAGUGAACAGAAGUAUUAUUUAUGCUGCAAUUGAUGGUCGUGGUUCUGGAUUGAAAGGGAAUAAAAUGUUGUUUGCUGGCUAUCGUCGACUAGGAACGGUUGAAAUUGAAGACCAAUUAAGUGUAACAAAAUACAUACAGGACAACUUUGAUUUUGUUGAUAAAAAUCGAACGGGUAUCUGGGGCUGGAGCUAUGGAGGCUAUAGCACUGGUAUGGCAUUAGCAACAGACAGAGAGGGUGUGUUCAAAUGUGGAAUUGCUGUGGCACCUGUAACAGACUGGGCAUAUUAUGAUACAAUUUAUACAGAACGGUACAUGGGGUUACCAACUGUAGAUGACAAUCUAGAAGGAUAUGUAGCUUCACAACUGAUUAACAAAGUUGACAAUUUUAGGAAUAAAAUGUUUUUCUUAGUUCAUGGCACACUGGAUGAUAAUGUACACUACCAACAAUCAAUGAUGCUAUCCAAGGCACUGGAACACAAGGAUAUUCUUUUCAGGCAACAGAGUUAUCCAGAUGAAGAACAUGGACUGUCUGGUGUGAGGCCUCAUCUGUACCACACACUUGAAGACUUUCUGGAGGAGUGUUUCAAUUUAAAGUGAGGCAGCAUGUUUGACCUCAGUUGCUCAACCUGAACUGAAUAAGCCCCAUAGGAAAGCCUAAAUUUAUCAGACACUCUGAGCAGUCAUGAGAUGUUUUGGGGCUAUUUCAGUAUACUGGUUAAUAGCUUGGAGGAAAAGGUGCAUGUUGUGUUUACUAAUCACUUGAAUGUUGUGAGAACUAGUCAGAAACUUCUGUAUGUGUUUUGGGACAGAUCUCAUAAUCAGUACAAGUUUGAAACUGAUGUAAGUUACUUUAUUUUCAUAACAUCAAAUUUGUUGUAUUGAAGCAGAAUGUGUGGACUCGAUCAAUAUUCUUUGUAUCCUUGCAAAUUAAGGUGGUGUACAGUGUGUGGCUUCAUCUGUGUCAAGAACUUGAUUAUUUUGUUUUGUGGACAUGUUAAUAUUAUUUGGAUCACAAGAGCAGCUCACCGGAAUUUCAUUUACUCAUUUAUAUUGUACAGUAAAGAAUGGCAGCUGGUUUUUGUCAUAUAUCAACAUGACAUCACAUAAAUAUAAUCAUCAUCAUCAUCAUCAUCAUCAUCAUCAUCAUAAGUACACAGCACUUGUGAACUAUUUAUAUGAACAAAUGUUGUAAAAUUAAAUGUACAUAACAAUUUUUAUGUUGUGUGUAUAUGUUUAUGAAAUAUAUGAUAAUCUUUAUUACAGAAAUUUAUUUUUGUUACUAAUAUAUAAAUGAAAAACUUGAUGAAUAAACUGACUGAAUCAAAACUAA